UGAUCAGCUAUAAAUUUGGUUCAGGCUGUGAAAAGAUUGUCAAAUUCGAACUUUCAAGUUAUCGCCAAGAAGAUGAGGUGGAGCGAGUGUAGGGUAGCAAUAUUUGCUAUCAGUUUGCUUUCAAAUCUAUGCUUUUCAACGCGAGCUGAUAACAACGUUCAUGUAGGAGCCAUCGUGGACUUUGAUUCUUUGGUGGGGAGAGUGGCCAAAACUGCCAUUGAAUUAGCCGUGGAGGACGUGAAUAAUGAUCCACAACUUCUAAAUGCCAUGCGCCUCCUCCUACAUGUCCGCGAUGCGCAAGGCGAUUCACUCCGCGGUGCCAGCGCCGCUGUUGACCUGCUGAGAGAGGAAGCUGUAGCAAUAAUCGGGCCGCAAACUUCUCAAGUUGCAGAGUUCGUAUCAGAUGUCGGAGAUGCAGGCCAUGUGCCGAUUGUGUCCUUCUCUGCUACGAGUCCUUUGCUUUCCAGCUCCAGAUUUCCAUACUUUGUUCGCAUGGCACGGAGCGAUGCGUCGCAGAUGAAGGCCAUUGCAGCCCUCGUACAGUACUAUGGAUGGAGAAGAAUCGUGGCUGUUUAUCCCAACAAUGAUUUCGGUUUCGGCGCCAUAAACUCUUUAAACGAUGCGCUUACGGACGUGGGAUCCGAAAUAGAAUACAGGUCGUCAAUUUCCCCAAGUGCGACCACGGAGGCCAUAAGGGAGGAGCUCUACAAAUUGAAUAAUAUGCAGUCAAGAGUGUUCGUUGCUCAUAUGAACUCUCGUCUUGGAUUGAAGCUGUUUGCGGAGGCGCAUGCGAUAGGAAUGAUGGGUCCGGGUUAUGUCUGGAUAACAACGGACGGAUUUACGAGUCUUUUGGAUACUCUGCUCAACACUUCCACCUUGGCGUCCAUGGAAGGUAUUGUUGGAGUCAAGACUUACGUUCCGAAUUCUGAGAAGCUCAAGGAUUUCACUAAACGGUGGAAACGGAUUUUUAUAGCUAAAAACGAGGACGAGGAUUAUGCCCAGACGGAACUCAAUCAGUACGGUUUAUUGGCAUACGACAGCGUCCAAAUGGUAGCCGGGGCCAUUACUAAAUUGGCAUCCAGUAAUACCAGCUUUAACUUCCUGAAGCCUUCUAGCCCUCCGCUAGGAGUUGGAAACGUAACGGACUUGACAAGAAUCAGGGUGUUUCAGCAGGGCCAACGGCUGUUGCAACACAUACAUAGAACAAACCUUACAGGGCUAACGGGGGCUGUUAGACUUAGAAAUGGAGAACUAUCAGGGUCUAUUUACGAAAUAGUAAACGUGGUAGGUAAAAGUUACCGUUCGAUUGGUUACUGGACGGAUGAAAAUCAAGUUCUGUCCAGUGUGUUACCGCUGCCUCCAUACAAUAGCGUGGAAAGUCUUAAGGCGGUGAUUUGGCCCGGGGGAGGCACGCAGGUUCCACGAGGUUGGGUGAUACCCACAAUCGGCAAAAGGCUUCAAAUCGGGGUGCCCGUAAAGAAGGGCUUCCAGGAGUUCCUAACAGUCACAUAUGAUAAAAGCCGUAACCGAAGCACUGUCAUGGGCUUCUGUAAGGAUGUAUUUGACGCGGUUCUCAGGCGGCUUGACUAUGCACUACCAUACGAUCUCAUCCCUUAUAUCUCUGAUAACUAUGACAAUCUUGUCUACCAAGUCUACCUAAAUAAAUUGGAUGCGGUGCUGGGCGAUACUACAAUUUUAGCAAAUCGAAGCAAAUUUGUGGAUUUUACACAUCCGUUUACAGAAACUGGCCUGGUAAUGGUGGUGCCCAUUACAACUGAUGGAGGAAAUAAUCCAUGGGCAUUUCUCCUCCCAUUUACUCUCGACUUGUGGUGUGCAACAGGGGCAUUCUUCGUCUUUACCGGAGGGGUGGUGUGGCUUCUUGAGCACGGAGAAAAUGACGUCUUUGGAGGAGAUACCACUACCCAAGUGAUAACUUCUCUAUGGUUUUCAUUCUCGACCCUCUUUUUCUCUCACAGGGAGGCGAUCGUGAGCAAUUUGACUCGAAUUGUCAUUAUAAUCUGGCUCUUUGUAGUUUUGAUAUUGACGUCGAGCUACACAGCAAAUCUCACUUCAAUCCUCACAGUUAAACAAAUAACGCCGACGAUUACAAGUGUAGAAUCUCUCAGAAAUCAAGGAGUUCCCGUAGGCUAUCAACGAGGGUCUUUUGUGCGUGAUUAUCUUCAACAGCACUUCGGCAUAUCGGAAAACAAUAUGAAAUUUUAUUCAACUCGUGAAGAAUAUAAAGAAGCUCUGACAAAGGGUCCAAACAAAGGCGGUGUUGCUGCUAUUUUUGACGAGAUACCAUACAUCCGCCUUUUCUUGUCUCAGCAAUGCGGAUAUACAAUAGUGGGGCCUACCUACAGAACCGGCGGUCUAGGAUUUGUGCUUCCCAAAGGUUCUCCUCUACUCUCAGACAUUUCCAGGGCCGUUUUAUCCCUGUCGGAGGACAAAGAAAUGCAGAAAAUCGAAGCAAUGUAUUUCAAUGACACUUUGUGUGCUAGUCCUGGAGCAACAGUUGAUUCAAACAGGUUGAGCAUUUAUAGUUUUGGGGGGCUGUUUCUAAUUACAGGAACUGUAUCACUAAUAGCUCUAAUGAUAUUUUCCUGCCGCGAAUAUAUAUGGAUACUAAAGUAUUUCUUAAAUAUUCUCCUAUACAAUAUACUUAAUUCCAGCAGUUUCUCUGCUACCCAUAUGGCUGCUCAAAGUGGAAAUUCGCUUAACGGAUCCCCCUCCGUUGUCCCUAUCUAUGGGGAUUCUUCAUAAGCACGAAUUGUGAUUCUCAAAACGCCUAAAGGCGUUUUCAUGCAUACAGUGCUCUGUAUUGUUAUCUUAUUCAAUUUAUUUUACCUGUUG